UUGGAAAGGGUUCUUGAAAAAUUAAGAGCAACUAAGCUAUCAGCAUUGAAAAGCCACCGUCAACUGGAUUGGUGACAGAUCUGGUGCCACAUCGCUACUGCCAGGGCCUUUUCACAUUCAAGAACGUUCUUAGGGACAGUCAGCAUCCCUGGCUUUCCAGUGUCUCUAAACUGAGACAUAGUUAGCGCCAUCCCAGGCUGCCGCAUGGUUGGUAGCACUAAUUACCUAAGGAGACGGAGCUGUGCUGGCUCCAUUUUGCCUGCAGGUCACUUUGAAACCUUCCCCCGGGGUGCCUAUUUGAAAACAAAACCCCAAAACAUAUAUGCAUAUGUAUGUUUAUGUGUGCUUAUGUGUUGGAGAUCACUGCCAUUUAGUGUGUGGGUGUGGCAAAGCUGCAUUUCCCCCAAAAGAUGGCUUAAUUCAGUAAUGCACCCGAUGAGCAAGGGAUUCAACAUUUAAUUGUAGUCUCAAAAGUUUCGCUUGGGUCAAAAUGUAUUUUUGCCUAGCCUUUGGUAAGAACGUGAAAGGCGCUUUUAAAUAAAAACAUUUUGCUGUGGCAUAUUGCGUUUUUAUUAAAAGUUGGCCCUCGAUAUAAUUGCAAUAACUAAACUAUGCCACUUAGUCCCAUGAAACAUGUAAGGCUGUUAGGACAUGAUUGCCACAGUGGUCUAUUCUUUGUAAGCACCCCUGGGAAGCAUUCUUAAGGAAGCUGUGUCUAGAACAGCUGUGAUUUCCCCUAAGCAACCAUUUUUUAAAAAAUACUUUAAAGUCUGAAUCUUUUAAGCACCUUUUUCCUAUCUGGUGGCUCCUUGGUAACUCGGAACCCAAUUUAAUACCCAUAUUUAGCAAAGCGAAAGACUGGCAGCUCUGUAAUCUUUCCCUUGCUAAAGAGAUUCAAUUUUUUACUUAUUUGCAAGCUUUCAUGUUUCAGAGUGAACACACAAUUUAGGGGUGACAAACUCUACUCCCAUGAGAAUUAUAAGUCUAGAUGUGUUCAACUUGCAGCCUGUAUCCCAUAAUAGCUAUAAGUGCAACCCAACAUGUUUGUAUGUAACAUAACCCAUGACAAAAGUUAGAACAACCCUGGAAGAGUAUAUAAUACUCAGAGUGCCACUUGAAAGUCAGCAAGGGGAUGGAUAUGGUGGCCCAAACCAUUAAUCCCAGCACUGAGGAGGCAGUGGCAGGUGCAUCUCUGAGUUUGAGGCCAGCCUAGUCUUCAGAGAGAGUUACAGACCAGCCUAGUCUAAUGGGGGUGGGGGUGUUAGCAAGAUAGAAGAAAAGGAGGGAAACAGGAAGAAAGGAAAGGAUAAAGUGAUUAAAGAAAGAACAAUACAUUGUAGGUAUGGCAUAGAAUCACAGUAAACCUAACAUUACAAAGUAACUCAGUGGGUAAAGUGCUUUGCCUAGUAUUAUAGAAGGUCCUUGGUUCAAGUCCUAAUACCAAAGAGAAAAACAAACAAACAAAAAACCAAACUUGUCUACUAGAAUGUACUGGCAGGGCUUUUCUUAUUGAUUUGUGUGGGUGUGUGUGUGUGUGUGAGUGUGUGUGUGUGUGUGAGUGUGUGUGUGUGUGUGAGUGUGUGUGUGUGUGUGUGAGUGUGUGUGUGUGUGUGUGCGCGCGCGCGUACACCGCUUGUGGAGGUUAAAGGACCAAUCUCUAGAAUUUGUUCUCUCCUGCUACCUUAUGGGGUCAAGGAAUUAAACUCAGGUCUUCAGGUCUGUGGGAAUGCACUUUUACUUGAUGAGCCAUCACCAUGGUCCACUUAUCAAUUUCCUAAUGAGUGCUAGAUUGCAUGCUUGUGCAUAGUAAGCAAGCAGGUGGUAGUGGGGUUUAUUUUAUAAAUUAUCAUCAAGAAUUGCAUCCCAUUCUACUAGAAUAAAUAUUUAAGAGUAAAGCUAAUAAUUCUAAUAUUUGGUUUUAGGAACUCAAAUUAAAUCAUAAAAUUCAAUAAAUUUACAGUGUAAGAUUUUGUUUCUCUUCAAUAUAGUUGAAAUUACAGACAUCCUGCCAAAAUGAUUUCUUCAAAGCCCAGACUUGUUGUACCCUAUGGCCUCAAGACUCUGCUUGAGGGAGUUAGCAGAGCCAUUCUCAAAACCAACCCAACAAAUAUCACCCAGUUUGCAGCAGUUUAUUUUAAAGAACUCAUUGUGUUUAGAGAAGGGAAUUCAUCUCUGGAUAUAAAAGAUCUGAUUAAACAGUUUCAUCAGACAAAAGUAGAGAAAUGGGCAGAAGGAGUGACAGUGGAGAAGAAGGAGUGUGUGAAGGAACAGGGAAGAACAUUUCCAGGUUCCUGCGAACCUACACGGAUGGAAAAAUCCACAGACACGGAGGAGGACAAUGUAGCUGGACCACUAUUUAGCAACAAAACCACCCAGUUUCCAUCACUUCAUGCUGAUGUCCAGUCUGAGGAGUCAAACGAAGGAGCUUGGGGUCCUUCUUCCAAACCAACCACACCUAAGACUACCACCCCACCUUCAUCACCACCUCCAGCACCUGUCUCUGCCGAGUUUGCCUAUGUCCCGGCUGACCCAGCUCAGUUUGCUGCUCAGAUGUUAGGUAAUGUUCAAUCUACCUAUUCUGAAGUUUUAAUGGUGGACGUGGCAACAAGUACCCAGGACGCCCUGAGUGCAGAGAUUGAUGAAGAAGUCGUGGUGUCUGCUCCUCUGGUGUGCUCUGGAGAGAUGUUAGAAAUGCAGGUUAUGAGCCAAACAUCUGUGCAGGCAGUUGUGGGUCCUAAGUGUGAGGCUGAACCACCAAAGGCUUCCUCAGCCCCCUUGCAGGGUGAACAAGAACCUCCUGCUUAUGAAGCUCCUGACACUCAGGUUACAUCAACCUUUCAUGUGUCAUCUGUAUAUAACGAUGUGCCUGUCAAUGAAGGAGUUGUCUAUGUUGAGCAGAUACCAGGAUACAUAGUUAUCCCGAUUGAUCAAGUUGCUUGUCUUAAAGAAAAUGAGCAGUCACCACCAGUUAGUCCCAAACCUGUAGAAGCCAGGACUUCCUCAGGCAUGUCUAAAAUAUCUAUAGAGUCUGUGAAAAUUGUACAGGUGGAGAAUUCCCAGCGCCAGUCCUCAGUACAUAUGGAGGCAGAAGUUCUGCUCUCUGAGGGUCAGACUGAGGUGCCUGCAGAGCCCCUGGAUGCAGAGCGCUUAAUCAAAAUAACCUCUGAGAAUUCUCUGCACUUUGAAAUGGAGAUCGUUACCAUAGACCCUGACAAUCCUGGCCAGGAGGAGUCAGGGGAGAACUCUGCACCCUAUUCAUCUGGUGACCCUUUCCCUCCUGCGCCAGGAGGCUUUACUGAACCUGACACUCAACCAGAUGGGGAAGAUGAGCCUGAACAGGUUUGAUGAAGCCAGCACUAGCAACAAGCGAAGCAGGACAACCACCACCAUAUUCUAAUAUGUGGACACUUUAUUGUCUAACUGAUAUGAAUCAACAAAGUCGCCCAUCACCGCCACCUGCACUUGGGCCUUUUCCCCAAGCAACCCUC